AUGGCGCUUCAUCUCGCCAGACCCAAGCAAAGGUUACAUUCUAACCCAUCUCUGAUUCAUCUGUUCUCAACCUCCUCCUCAUCAUCAUCAUCUCGUCAAGACGGGAACGAAUCUGGCGAACAACCUUCUCAAUCACCGUCUCCAUCUUCUUCAUCGUCGUCGGAUUCUAAAGUCACAUCGUACUUAAGCGGUAUCAGGAACACCCUGAAACAGACACCACAGCAUCAGCCUCAGGACGGAAGGAGACAGUUCGCCAGAUUCGAUGCCAGAGCUCAGAACCCAGCGCCGUCGUUCUCCGGUAACAAAAUCGGCGGCAUUCCAGAUUUUCCUCUGAAAGAGUUCCGAAGGAGAUCAGAAGCUCCGCCGCCGAGGGAUUUACAGGAUCUAUACAAGCAGAAAGUGUUAUCAAAUUCCGGGAAUCGUAAAGUCGAGGGUAAGCCUUUUGAAAACAUAAAGGAGCACUUGAGGCAAAUGCAAGGUAACGCCGCCGGUAACAGAUUCGCCGGUUUAGAAAGCUUUCAGAACAUUAUCCAGCCGAAACGCAAUGAUAACGUGCGUUUCGGAGGAACAGAGGAAUUGCCAAGUUCGAUAUUUGGGGAGGAAUUAGGAGACAGAGAGAAGACGGAAGAGGAGAUGAAAUCGAUGCUUAUCAGGAGUUACGACACAGAGGAAUUGGGGGAGAUACUAAGAUCGUAUAGACCACAAGGGAACAAGAAAGAAGGAUGGUUCUCAUUGGAGGAGCUGAAUCAGAGGCUUGUUAAGCUGAGAGAGGCGGAAGAGGAAGCAGCCAAGAGAACGAGCAAAAGUGAUCAAUUCAGAGAUUUAAGGAAUGCUAUUGAAUUGAGCAAGAACAAGGAAUCCAGAAAAAAUAAUGCCUUUCAACAAAGGGAUUUUUUUGAGCUUUUAAAUGGUACACCUAAGUAUUUGCUCGAGCCUCCGAAAGAGGAGCUAGUUGAAACUUAUUUCCACCCCGAUAACAUGUCUUCUGGGGAGAAGAUGAAAAUCAAGCUUGCAGAGGUCAGGGAAGAGUUCAAGAUGUCGGAAUCUGAUUGUGGCUCUGCACGCGUUCAAGUGGCACAGCUGACCACAAAGAUCAAGCAUUUGUCCUCUGUUCUACAUAAAAAGGACAAGCAUUCGCGUAAGGGGCUUAUAGCAAUGGUGCAGAGACGGAAAAAACUGUUGAAGUAUAUGAGACGAACGGACUGGGACUCUUACUGCCUUUCCUUAUCAAAACUUGGCCUUCGUGACAACCCAGAUUACAAGUUUUAA